AUGAGCGUCAAGAUUACUCUCGGAGAUGUUACCUAUGAGCAGCCCACCCAGCUGUUUAUUAACAACGAAUGGGUCGAUGCUACUGGUGGCAAGACAAUUGUCAGUGUGAACCCGGCCACUGAAGAGCCUAUUGCUACCGUCCAGGCUGCAAGCGCUGCCGAUGUCGAUCGUGCUGUUAAGGCUGCACGUGCUGCUUUCCACGGCGAGUGGGCCAAAUGGACUGGCUAUGAGCGUGGUGAGCUUCUCCGCCGCCUUGGUGAAGAGAUCAAGAAGGACUUUGACACUUUGACUGCAGUUGAGGCAGCUGAUUCGGGUAAGCCUCGUUGGCAAAACGCCAACUACGAUGUCGACCACUGCAUUGAGGUUUACAACUACUACGCUGGCUGGGCUGAUAAGAUUGAAGGUAAAGUUACUAUGGACAACCCAGGUCGCGUCAUGUACACUCGUCACCAGCCCUACGGCGUUGUUGGUCAGAUCAUUCCCUGGAACUAUCCUCUUGCCAUGGCUGCGUGGAAGAUUGCCCCCGCAAUUGCCGCUGGCAACGUCGUUGUUAUGAAGACCGCAGAGAACACACCGCUGUCUAUGUUGUAUUUCUGCAAUUUAGUCAAGCGAGCUGGAUUCCCUCCUGGUGUGUUUAACCUGUUGUCUGGUUACGGUGCUGAGGCCGGUAACGCUCUGACUGGUCACAUGGACGUUGACAAGGUCGCAUUUACCGGUUCCACGCCCGUCGGCCAGGCCGUCAUGGCUUCUGCCGCCAAGUCCAAUCUCAAAAACGUCACUUUGGAGUGCGGUGGUAAGUCGGCUGCGGUUGUGUUUGACGACGCUGACAUUGAGCAGGCGGCCAAAUGGUGUGUUGAGGGUAUCAUGUACAACAUGGGCCAGGUCUGCUGCGCUACUUCUCGUAUUAUUGUUCAAGAAAAGGUUUACGAGCAGUUCAUUGGCGAGCUCAAAAAGGCCUGCGAAGCCCGCACAACUAUUGGCGAUACCUUUGACAAGAACACCAGCCACGGUCCCCAGGUGUCUUCCAUCCAGUUCAACCGCGUCCUCAACUACAUUGCCAAGGGCAAAUCUGAGGGUGCUCGCUGCGUUUUGGGCGGUGACCGGGCCGGAAACAAGGGCUACUUUGUCCAGCCUACCAUUUUUGCCGACGUUACUCCCGAAAUGACCAUUGCUCGUGAGGAGAUCUUCGGUCCUGUUGUUACGGUUACCCGAUUCAAGACUUUUGACGAGGGCAUUGCUAUUGCCAACGACUCGCUGUUCGGACUCGGCGGUGCUGUCUUUUCGCAAAACAUCACACAGGCCCACAAGGCUGCCAACGCCAUGGAUACUGGUACCGUGUGGAUCAACUCCUCCAACGACCAGGAUUUGCAUUUGCCCUUUGGUGGUUUCAAGAUGUCCGGUAUUGGCUCAGAGCUCGGUGGCUAUGGUCUAGAUGCGUAUCUGCACCCCAAGUCUAUCCAGAUCAACUUGGAUUCCAAGCUUUAACUUAUAGAUAUAGCAAAUAGAUGCCGUUGCAAGUGACGCUGAUGGUUUUGUAUAUUGGGAGCGGAGUUAGCGACUGGAUCGUGGGUUG